AUGGUCAAGAAGAUCACUGUCUACACUGCUUUUGGACAAUUCCUCGAGAUGGUCGAGCGUCAAGCCAUGCAGAGAAGGUAACAAGUUCCAGUGGUUCUUCCGGAUGCCCGGAUUCAGGCUCAGUCAGGGACUGCUUUGAAUAAGGUUCAAUCUUGGCCAGUUGUUUCAACGGCUGCAAAAGAUGAGCUCAAGAAGAGCAUUAGCUGCCCAUUGGUAUCGUUCCACUCCGAGCGGCCAAUCGAGGUGGCCAUGUCCCCGAUUCCAACAACUGCUGAAACGAGAAAGAUCAAUGAGGCUGCCGAACUUAUGGUCAACUUCUGGAUGAGCUUCGCCUGCGUUGAAAAAGAGAAGGAACAGAUGGCAUCGAUCUUUGAAAAGAUGAAUGGACUGUUUGCUGCACCAUCCACAACAUCUACGGCAUCACUCUUCGGAAAGUACGAAGGACUUUUCGAGACAACCGAAGUUGCCACUGAAGACUUCAACACUCUUUGGUGGAAUUAUCCAGCUCAACCGUCAUUCCCACAGCUUCCGGUGUUCGUCAGGUCUCCAAUCGAUUCGAUUAAAAUUUAUGGAGCAAUUCAACAUGACUUCGGCAUGUCUGAAGAUGAAUCAGUCCAAUAUCCUUCUCCGAUUUCUCCAUCCUCGGAUUCUUCAAGUGAAACAAUCACCCAUGUCUCCCCUGGAUAUCUCCUUCAGGAAGUCUUCUUGCAGAGAGCAGUCAUUGAAGAACAAAAGAAGAUUAUUGAUGGUUUUCAUGAAAUUCAGAAGCUCAACAAGAAACUAGCAGCUCUUCAUAAUAACUUCACAUAUUGA